AUGUCUGGAAGUACCCGCAGCAAGGUCGGGCAUACCCUGGCAAAGGUGCUCGGCAUCAAGGUGGAGGAAAAGAAUUACUAUGUCGCUGAGGCGAAUAGUCCUCACGCAUAUGUCGAUCCGGAUCCGACGACGGGCGAAUGGAUUGUAGCUCACACCCCGACACGCCAACAGGUUGGCCGAUACUUUUACAACAUCUUCCCUUUCAUUCACUGGAUCGGUUAUUACAAUGUGCAGUGGCUGAUUGGAGAUCUGGUUGCCGGUAUCACCGUCGGCGCUGUGGUUGUUCCUCAGGGUAUGGCCUACGCCGAGCUCGCCAAUCUGGCUCCCGAGUAUGGCCUGUACUCGUCCUUCAUGGGUGUCUUGAUCUACUGGUUCUUUGCUACGUCCAAAGAUAUUACGAUCGGACCCGUUGCAGUGAUGUCAACCCUCGUCGGAAAUAUCAUCAUCAAAACACAGGCGGAACACCCACAGCUCGAUGGGCCUACUAUUGCGUCAGCGCUGGCAAUUAUUUGCGGUGCUAUUGUGGCUGCCCUUGGGUUCCUCAGACUCGGGUUCAUCGUCGACUUCAUCCCCUUGCCCGCGAUUACGGCAUUCAUGACCGGCUCUGCGAUCAAUAUCAUCUCUGGCCAAGUCAAAACACUCCUCGGUGAAACUGCCAGCUUUUCUACACGCGAUGCCUCAUACAAGAUGAUCAUCAACUGCUUGAAAUACCUGCCAACCACUCAGAUGGAUGCGGCGAUGGGACUAACGGCAUUGGCAAUGCUGUACAUUAUUCGCUUUUCAUGCAGUUACGCCGCGAAGAAGUAUCCUCAAAAGGCAAAGACUUUCUUUUUCAUCUCUACCCUGCGCACCGCAUUUGUGAUCCUUUUCUACACGAUGAUCAGUGCCGCUGUAAACCUACACCGCCGCGACAAACCUGCCUUCAAGAUUUUGGGAACUGUACCUCGAGGCUUUCAGCACGCCAAGGUACCAGAACUGAACAAGGAAAUUAUCUCCUCGUUUGCGAGUGAGCUACCCGCGGCUACCAUCGUGCUUCUGAUUGAACAUAUCGCGAUUUCUAAGUCCUUUGGUCGCGUCAACAACUACAAGAUUGACCCAUCGCAAGAAUUCAUUGCCAUCGGUGUUUCCAACCUUCUUGGUCCUUUCUUGGGAGGAUACCCUGCUACUGGUUCAUUCUCCCGCACUGCUAUCAAAGCCAAGGCCGGAGUCCGCACACCUCUUGCUGGAGUCAUCACUGCUGUUGUCGUCCUUCUUGCGAUUUAUGCAUUGCCAGCCGUUUUCUUCUACAUUCCCAAAUCCUCCUUGGCAGGCGUCAUCAUUCACGCCGUCGGUGAUCUUAUCACUCCUCCCAGUACGACUUACCAGUUUUGGCGAGUAUCACCGAUCGAUGCCAUCAUCUUCCUGAUGGGUGUCAUCGUGAUCACUUUCACGACAAUUGAGAUUGGAAUCUAUUGCACAAUUUGUGUCUCCCUUGCUGUUCUCCUAUUCCGCCUCGCCAAGGCCCGCGGCCAAUUUUUGGGCCAAGUCAACGUUCACUCUGUCGUCGGAGACCAUGUCUUGGAAGAGCACGCGGGUCCUCAGGGAGUGGCCCUUGGUCCACGAAGCGCUUACUUGCCGACCUCGCGCGAGGAUGGUUCCAACCCCCAUGUCAAGAUUCAGCAACCAGCACCUGGAAUCUUCAUCUACCGACUAUCAGAGGGUCUCAAUUACCCUAACGCCAACCACUACACUGAUUUCCUUGUUGAUCACAUCUUCCAAAACACUCGAAAGUCUGAUCUGGAUGCGGAUAACAACCCUGGCGACCGACCAUGGAAUGACCCCGGACCACGCAAGGGUGCUCUCGAUCGUGAAGCAUUAUUAGCCCGCCCGACCCUUCAAGCAGUCAUCCUCGAUUGCGCUUCCGUGAACAACCUCGACGUCACUUGCGUUCAGACACUCGUCGAUGUGAGAAAUCAACUCGAUCGCUAUGCCGCUCCUCACCGUGUCCAGUGGCAUUUCGCACACUUGCACAACAGAUGGUCAAAACGUGCUCUGGCUGCCGCUGGAUUCGGUCAGCCCACAAGUCAGCUCAUGGACCCCAACCGCAAGUGGCAGCCUAUCUUCAGUGUCGCAGAGAUGCAUGGUGACCCUCGAGCUGUUAGGAACAAGCUUAACUCUCUCGACGGUAAGGAUAUCGAGAGCGGUCUGCAGAAGGAGCCUUACUCCCUGUCCACUGAGCAGGCGAAGGAUCUGGAAUCAAAGUCUGUGGAUGAUAGUAUCAGCACUGGUACCGCAACAGACAAGGCUCAACAAAGAAAUGGUUCGUCUUCGAAGGUUAUUAUCGAGAACGUGAAUCGGCCUUUCUUCCAUGUUGAUUUGACCACUGCCCUUGAUAGCGCUUUGUCUUACACUGACCCCAAGGGGAUUUCCUUUUCGUGA